AUGUCUCUUGAUUGUUUUCAACAACCAUCACGUCGUAAUUGUCGUACGAUUCAACAUGCUGAACAAUAUAAAAAUCGAUCAGCAAUAUUACCAUGUCACAUAAUAGAAGUUAAUCAAAAUGAAGGAAAUAAUUUACUAAUAUCAAAUAAAAAUGAAAAUAAGAAUAAAUUUAAUGGAUUAAUAUUAUCAGAUUCAAUGUAUAUUGAUAAAAAUUACAAAAAAUUUAAUCAAUUACUUAAAAAUUUAUCUAAUGAAAUGAAUUUUGAAAUUAUUAAUGCUAAUCUACAACAUCAACAUAUGCAUCAAGAUGGUCUACAUCCAUCAAUAACAUCAGAUAAAAAUGACCACUUACCAACAAAUAUAGAUUAUUCUGUACAAUUAAACCAAAAUAAAAAUCAUUACAAUAAAUCUAAAAUAUAUCAGCAAAUAAAUCAACAACAACAACAACAAGAUAUAACUAACAACCUUUUAUCAAUAAAAUCAAAAAUUAAGAAAAAUAAUUAUAGAAACAAUAUUAAUAAUAAUGAUAAUAAUAAUAUAUGUAAUAAUUAUACAAUAAACGAACAAAUACCAAGUAAGACCCUAAUCAAUCAGUAUCCACAUUUUUUAAGACAUAAAGCACAAUUUGAACGAAAGACUAGCAUACCUACAGACUUAGAAAAAGCAGAAAAAUGGAAGAUCUAUAUUACAGCAGCAGCAACUAAGAAAAAAAUAGUUGAACAAAUUGAACAAAUGGAAACAAUAUUAGAAGAAAAUAAUAGAAUACCAAUUACUCGUCCAUCACCAACAGGUUUAGCAGAUCGACCAGUUUCAUUAGAUUUUAAUGAUUAUAAAGAAAUUUUUGAAGAAUGGUUACCAGAACCAAUGCCAAGACAAAAACAAGAAUUAGGACAUCGACGAGAUGAUCCACCUACACCACCACUACCAAGACAACCUCCUCUAAUUAUACCAAGAAAAACAUUGCCACCAAGAGACAAGAAUGCCCCAAUAGUUGGAGGAUCACUUCAAUCAUCACCAAUCUCAACUAAUAGCAAUGAGAAUAAUAGAAAACAACAAUAUUCUUUCAACACAUUACUCCCAUUAGAAAAACAUAUUGAAAUAGAACAACCAGAAAUGCGAUCACCAAUUCAAAAAACAACUAAAGAACCCUCAAUUAUGAUAUCACCCCUACAAAGUUCAACACCAGCACCAUUAGUAAGAUCACCUUCAGUUGUAUCAAAGAACAAUAAUAUCAUCCUACAUAGUUCAUAUAAUUUUGAGAUCAUACCUAUUGAAUAUCAAAUGAGGGGAAAAGCUAUAAGAGAGAUCAAUCAUGCAGCAACACCAGCACAACAACAACAUAUAAGAACUUUACAAGAGAAAUUCAUGAGAACAUUAGAUCUUAAAUUGCAACUAGAUAAAUUAGAAAUGAGAUUCAUGCAAAACAUGCCGCCACCAUCUUUGAAUAUAUUUGACAAAUUACAACUUUAUGCAAAAGAAUUAAAACCAGAUAAUAACUAUUUAAAUCCCCUUCGAGAACAAUGGAAGAACAUACUUCGAAGAACAAAACUAGAUUUAACCACACUUAUGAGACAAGCAAAAGUUGUAGAAUUAGAACAAGCUCAUAAAGAAUACGAAGAAUUAUUAAAAGAACUUCCAGAAAAUUAUCGCGAACCAUAUGAUACUCUAAAUCAUGUAACACGAAUAAGACAUAAUCAAUUUGCAAAGAGAAAACUGAAUUUUUUAGAGAAAAGAGCGUGCACAAUGAACAUAAACUAUUAUCCGUUUCAAAAUAGAAUGUCCGUCGCUGUUUUUUGAAUAUCUCCAGUCAGGAACAAGCUAGAGACCUGCAGUUUUCACCAGUCAAAAGAGGAGACUAAGGGACAUCUUUCUCUCCAAUAAUGUGUAAGAGAAAUUCCUUUUAAAACUAAUUAUUCUCGAAAAACAUGUAAAAGAAGGUAUGAAAAUUACCUGUCAUCUAGAUAAAAGUUUGAUUUUGUCCUUUGAUUUAGAUAGAGGGACUUCAGAUCUAUAGUUCAAGAUAUAAUACGCUUCCUUUCUUUUCAUCACAUUUCCAUCGCAAUGUCGAGCUAUUAUGACAAAAAGUGAGAAAGGACGUGGGACGAUAAGGCCAUUUUUCUCCCCAAAAAAUUUUUAGGAAAAAACCAUAUGGGGAUAACAAGUAAGCUAUGGGCAACAACAUGGGCAUAGUCAUUUGCCUUGCUUUGACAUCGAGGUUUUUGAGACCUGCACCCCCCUAUAGGUUUUCUGAAAAACUUUUUGUCUCUGAUUCGACUGAAACGCAUGCCAUAAUAUAGAGUCAAGGACGCUGAUCACGAAUAUCACCUUGGUUUUCGUGUAAACCUUUUUGGUAAGCCAGAGAAGGAGAAUAUCUUCAGAUUUGGGUUUUUAGCAGAAAAAAGGUUUUCGAGCGUCUGCAGAUCUUGUCCAUCAUUCGAAGUUUUUGGAAACACGUCGAAAAUAGGUAAUCGAGUAUUCUCUAUCUAAUGGUGUGCAAAUCGUGAGAUUUCAUCGUAUUGGAUAGUCUACAUGAUUAAAUGACGAGCAGAAUUGUGUAGAAAUCAUGGUGUGCUCCUCCUGUUUGAGCACUAUUGCUUCACUAUUUGACUUUGUCGCCUUCUCGAACUUGUGCAGAACAAUGCAGUUUUUCAUGCUCUAUCCAAAUAUGUGCUUGGUUAAGAAAAAAAAGUUGUCUUUUUUAGCAAAAAUCCAAUAAAAUUCUUCAAAAUCAUCAUUUUUUGGGUUUUCGUCUGAUAUUUAAUAGUUUUCGAUAAGAAAAAUUACAAUUUGACUUAAAAGAAUAUAAUAUUCUCAAUCAGCAUCAAAAGAUGAGUGGAUCUAUG